AUGUCCGCUGACGGGAUGAUUGGCCUCGACUACGACCCCCGGAGAUUCAUCUCAGCUCCGACAUGGCCGCAUGUGGGCAUCGACCAGACCUCAUCGCAGCACCAUCGCGCCGACGGUAGGAGACCCGCCGCCUCGCCGUUGCACGCCAGCUGCCAUGCCUUCGGCGCCGUCGCCCCUGACCACGCCCUGAUCUCGGACUGGGGCAUCCAGCAUCUUCAACCGCACUUGCAAUAUGCUGCAACGCAGCCUGCGUCCCUGGAGACCCCGUUUACAACGGGCUAUCAUGUCUCGUUGCAACCCACGCCCAUGGACCUGAUGCCAGUCACAGAGCAUCUCGACUCGGGCCUGCUAGGCGGGGCCUACAUGCCGCUGGCGAGCGCUGUUGACGUUGUGCCCUAUACGUGGCAUGACUUCCAACCGGACAUUGCGUCUCUCGCGCCUAUCGAUGGCCUGGCAGAUAUGUUUCAAUCACAGCAUCUUCCUGACACCAGCUCGCCCACAGAGACGUAUCUGGAAGUGAGAUCGUUGCCUAGCACGGCUAGCGACCACAGCUGGACCUUGAUAGAUGGCCAGCAGUCUCUCGAUUCAUACCAGGACCGCAGUGUCUUUGUCAACCCUAAUCAGACGUUGCACCAUCGAAGCCUAUCGGAGUCGUCGUACUCUGACUUGGACCACAAUCCAAGAGGUUCACUAGGCAGCUUUGUGGAUUUACCGAAUGCCAUCAACUCGCCCAGCUCGGAAUCCAACCUUGAAUCGGAGUAUCAUGCCUUUCCCAGAAGACCGUCCACAGAUAUCGUUUCGCACGGUUCGUCGUCGCCGCCAACGGCCGCCGUCAGCCCUCUUGCAGUAUCUCGACCAAUUCCAGUGCUUGCUAAGAAGUCAACGACCACGUCGAGAUCGCCAAAACAGGCUGCAGGCUCUCCGCCAUCCAGGAAACCGUCACGCAGAAGCCCCAUUGCGGCCAAGAACACGGACACCAAAGUCCGAAAGCAGUCAGACCCAAACAAGCCCGAAAAGGAGAAGCGUGUUGGCAAGCGGAAGGGGCCUCUGAAGCCAGAUCAGAGAAAACAGGCGAGUGAGAUUAGGAAACUGCGAGCGUGCCUUCGUUGCAAGUUCUUGAAGAAGACGUGCGAUAAAGGAGAGCCAUGUGCGGGAUGCAAACCUUCCCAUGCAAGACUUUGGCAGGUCCCGUGCACCCGUAUUGAUAUCAAGGAGAUUGGCUACUUUAUGAAGGACUGGAAAGCUGACUACGAACGUCACAUCACACUUGGCUUUUCUGUUGGGAACAUUACGGGGUUUUCUGAUGUCGAGCGGACUCUGUUUAUCACCCACGGCUAUGGAGAAGUUCUUCCUGUCAAGGCUCGCGAGGUGUACGUGCGCGAUGAAGAGUGCUUCAACAUUGACUGGGUCGAGUCGCUGAAGCGAAGCCCCAACACAUACGAGUUGAAGACGGCGAAACUUUCGGCAGGAAUGGAAGGCAUAUCUACUGCUAUGCUCUCGGACUAUCUCGACAGACACAUUGAUGGAAAUGGCAGCUUUGAGAAGUUCGUCGAUGAUUAUUUCGGUGGCACGCCCUUCCUCACCCAGAUGCUCAAGACUGCAUUCCGCUUCUAUUUCCGCACCAAGAUGCCAGUCAUCCGCAAGGCGCUCAAGCUCAUACUGGCAUACAAUCUCACACUACACGUCACUAUGGUUGAGGGGCUUGGCGAUUUGGAGCAUUUUGUUGGGAAGAUCGAAGACAAGACGUCGAUAUACAACGGCAAAAUCAUGGCUCCGGUCAUGAUUAACUUCCAGAUUAAAUGUGCGUUGGCCAACAUGUGGCGCGACUUGCAGAAGGACGUCUUGGAAGAGCUAUCAGCUCUGUACUCUAGCGUCUACAGCGGAGAGAAGCUCAAGAACUGGCCAACAAUCUUUAUUCUGGCUUCGAUACUACUCGCUGUGUGGGAAGAGAUGCAGUUUGAUUGCCAUUAUCGUGUACCUGAUGCUGCUGCCGUCAAGAAGUUUUGCUCCGACAUGGAGACAACACCUGUUGGUGUCAUUAUCGGCCUCUUCCAAGCAAUCUCCCAGAAGCUUCCUGCAUUCACGGACUGGAACUCCCAAGAACACCACCACCUCCUGAACUCCAAUCCUGAUGUCUGUAACACCAUGACUGAAAUUCGGGAGCAUGUCCGCCAACAUGAAUCCUACCUCCGCACCCGUGCCAAUUCCAACUUUGACCGCAGCGACUUUGAUUGCUUAUCCAAUAAAUUCCUGUCCCGGCUCGUUUUACGCGCAAACCAGGCAACCCGAGAGGUUGUCCAUGCAUCGUGA